CAAAACCACGUGAAUCUUGUCAAAAAACAUAUCCACAUACACAAUAUAAAUUCACGUACAAUAACCACGAACAAUAAAUAUAUAUACACAAUAUCCAAUUUUAAUUUAUUUUAAUUGCAAAUAUUAUAUUUCGACAAGCAUGCCAAAAAAGAAAUUUCGAUAAAUAUAUAUAUUCUAUUACUAGAAGUGCACUUAUAAACAAUCCUUAGACAAUUUUCCGAAUUGAACAUAAAUAAGUAGAAAAAGACGAAUACCAAAUUUCCAAUAAUGGUCAUCUUAAAAAAAUAUGUAUAAAAAAAAGAGAGAACCAAGCAAUACGUAAUAUCGAAGAACCAAGUGUUUACCACGUACAGUACAGGAGAAGACGAUAACGAGUUUGAAGCCUCGAUAAUACAUAGAAAGGGGAAGGGGAAAAGACGCGAAGGGGCACGAGAACGGUGUGCUUGCUUCCGUGGAAAUCGCGCGGAAUAUACGACGAGGAAGAAGGAAGGAAAUGAGCUCGAGAAAGCCAAGAAGGGACUCGGACGUCCUGUUGUCCAAGUUCGGUCACAAGGAGUUGCUGUUCAAGUUCCUCGUAAUUGGUGAUUAUGGAGUCGGAAAAACAGCAUUGGUUAGGAGAUAUACAGAAGGAAAGUUUACAUCUAAUUACAAGAUUACCAUAGGAGCUGAUUUCGCGAUAAAAACGCUCGACUGGGACCCUCUUACUAAAAUAAAUUUACAAUUGUGGGAUGUCGCCGGUCACGAAAGAUUUGGAUAUAUGACCAGAGUUUAUUACAAAUAUGCAGUGGCCGCAGCUUUGGUUUUCGAUAUUUCGCGAAUAGCUACAUUCCAAUCGAUCAAGAAAUGGCUGUGCGAUUUGAGGGAAAAAGUCACACUCCCGGAUGGUUCGAAUAUACCGGUAGUUCUCUUAGCGAACAAAUGCGACAUUCCUUGCCCCGUGGUACCGACCGAACAAAUUGCCAGGUUUUGCAAAGAGAAUAACAUUGGCGCUUGGUAUGUAACUUCUGCGAAAGAAAAUACAAAUGUUGAUGUGGCAAUGCGUUAUCUUGUGGAGAACGUGCUCAAAACUAAAAUUGACGGAGGAAUUCGGGAUUCCGUCCGACUGCGAGACAAACCUACGAUCCGAGAAAAGAGCGGAUGUUGCAAGUAAUAAUUUUGUUUUUCUUGCGAUUUUCAAUUAAAAUUCGUGUCAUUUAUUAUGUGACAAUAUUAUUUUCACAAUAUUCGAAAGAACUUACUUUUUAAUACGAUUUUUUUUAAUUAAUUUAAUCUGCGAUGCGUAUCUUUUAUAAUAUAUUUACAAUUAGUCGUAUAAUUUGUAUAUCUCAAUUGUACAUGUUUUACAAAUACUGUACUGUUAUAAAUACUGUACAACGAUAUGAAUAUUUUUAAUUUGCAAAGAAAUUUAGAAUAUAUUUAUUUUUAGAAUUAUAAAACA